AUGAAGCAUAUCCUAUCGCCAUCCCGAUGGUGCGCAGAAUCGCCUCCCCAAAUGGGCUCUUCAUUACCACCCACAACACCAUGGACCAGAAAACCUAAACGCAAAUGCCGCCUAAUCAUCCAUCCACCCAAGCAAAAACCACCAACAGCAACCUACCUACGCACACCCUUCAAUAAAUCCUACCGGUUCCCCAGCAUAAAGAAAGCCAAAAAUGACAUACGCGACUUCAACGAAAUGGAGUUCGUAGAACUAGGUGUUACGCCUCUCAUCCACAAGUGUGAAGAUAUGGGCGAUUUGGGACUGAGUGGCGUGUGGAUGGAAGAUGAUGAGAGAGGGGAGAAGGGCGAGAAGGAGUUUGGGAUUGGGUUGAGGUUAGAGAAGGAGGAGGAUGAGGGGAAGAGGAAGAAGGUAAUCUGGUUGAAGGAGAAGUUGUGGGGGAAGGGGACUUGGGCUGUUACGGGAGUGAGGGAGGAGGAGAUGGAGAUGGAGCGUGAGCGUUUGGCGAGAAGGGAGGUGCCGGGGUUUGGUGACGAGGAUGAGUUGGAGAUUAAUGGUGGACCUGUGAUGCACAGAGGGGUCCCAAGUUUCAAAGACUUCAACAAGGACGAGAUUGAUGGCGGGCCGUUACCAAAAAGAGAGUUUCCAAGGUUCGCUGGCAUUUACGAUAAUGCCAUGAUGGAUGGUUAG